AUGCUUUGUCUCUUGAUCAUUUUCGGUGCCGUCAACUGGGUGAAUGCUCUUCCCAGUGCAGCCACUUGUUCGAAUUCUCUCCCCAAGCCAAAUGUCCCCGGAGCCAUCGUUACUUCUUUGACUGCAUCAAUUGUUCACAAUUAUGCUGUCAACAUCACCGGCGAAUCAAAUAAUUGGCCUGGUCAGAACAUCACAGGCCUCGACUUCUGCCAAGUCAAUGUGAGCCUCACUCAUCCCGGGACGGGAGAUCAUGUCAACAACCAGGUGUGGCUUCCUCUGACCGGAUGGAAUGGCGUCUUCCUAGGUGUGGGAGGCGGUGGAUAUGUUGCUGGAUCCUGGUCAUCGCUGGCACCAGCUGUCGAGCGCGGCUAUGCCGCUGUGUCCACCGAUGCGGGACACGCUCAGAAUAACUCUGGAGACGCCACGUCGUGGGCGCUAGUCAGCGAAGGUGACGUAAACCAGAACCUCCUGGUUGACUUUGCGUCGAGGUCGGUUCAUGACAUGACGGUGCUAGGAAAGGCUGUCACCACCAGUUUCUAUGGGUCUGCGCCCAAGUAUGCGUAUUGGCAAGGAUGUUCGACAGGCGGCCGACAGGGUCUUAUGGAAGCACAGAUGUAUCCGGACGACUAUGAUGGCAUUGUCGCUUCGGCUCCUGCCAUCAACUGGAAUGACUUCACUCCGGCUCAGCAGUGGCCAUACACCGUGAUGAACAACGAGCAUUAUGCCCCCCCUCAAUGUGAGUUCGAUGCUGUUAACGCUGCUGCAGUUGCAGCAUGCGACCAUCUGGAUGGCCUACGAGAUGGUAUCAUUGGUGCUCCUGGACUCUGCAAGUUUGAUCCUUCAAGUCUUAUUGGCAAGAACUAUACCUGCCAGACCGAUGGGACAAUUAGGCGCUUUUCGAGCAAGACGGCGACCGUUGUGAAGAAGAUUUGGCAGGGUCCGACCGCUGCAAAUGGCACAGCGCUCUGGUAUGGAAUUCUUCCUGGCACCAAUUUCAGCUCGCUGGCGCCUACCGAGACCUUCAAAAAUGGCACCACUGUUGCAGAGCCAUUCGGUAUUUCAGACAGUUGGUUCCGCGACUUCUUGUUCAAGGACGCCGACUACAACACUUCUAAUAUCACCUACUCCGAGUUCCCGGGAUUGAUCCAUGAAUCGCAUGUGGAGUAUGAUUCUAUAAUGGGUACGAUGAACGCGAAUUUGUCCGCUUUCAAAGUUUCUGGCGGAAAAAUGAUCACCUGGCAGGGUCUCGCUGACAACCUGAUUAUGCCGAACGGGACCAUGAAUUAUUUUGGCAGAGUCAAAGCCUUGGAUCCGAAUGUCACGGAUUUCUAUCGUGUCUUCUUUGCUCCUGGCGUGGGACACUGCGGUGGCGGAGGAAGUGGCCCGAUUCCAGACAACGCCUUGAUGGCCUUGAGGAACUGGGUGGAAAAUGGAACAGCUCCGGAAGUGCUGCCGGGUUCGAGCGGGUACAAGGUCAAUGGGACUGUUCGACAUCAGAACUUGUGUCUAUAUCCACUUGUCUCAAAGUACGACGGAAAGGGCGAUCCAACGAGUGCCUCCAGUUUCACAUGUGCAAAGAAUUUCUGA